AUGAACCAGGCGAUCUGCCGCUUCUGCAGAACCAAAAUCUGCGAUGAAUGCAACUUCAGCAAACACUCUGAUCACCUACACGCAUGUCUUCCGUGCACUCGUCUGCGGCUUCAAUUUAGCGAAUUACGAAUAUCAUUGCGCGAAUGUAGUCCAAGUCGAUUACCACCUCGUUUAGGAAUGUCACGCGCUGAUUCACUUCCAAAGAUGGUGAGAGAUAGCAAUAGGAGGAUCAAUCGAGCAAGUACAGGAAAUUUAGCUUCAGAUCAAGCACAGAAGCUAGCAAUCGCAGAGCAUCAGACUCCAGAAAUGGGUUUAAAGCGAGACGAGAAUAGUUGGCCAGCUGCAUAUUUUCGUCGUCGUCGACACACUUCAGCCAUUACCCCGACAGUCCUGUCGAACGAUUUUCGACGCUUACCAACGGAAUCUAGAGCUCGGCAGCAUUUGAAAGUGAAAGCUCCAAACCUGCAAAUUGAUGGGCUUCAAGAUACCGCAAAGCAGAUCACAGCGGUAAAUUUGAAUCAUUUGACUAAGAAGACUCCAGAGAUGACGACUCGAUGUACCACAUCAAUCAAGCCAACGGAAGCUACUCUGCAUCUGCAAACUGAGUCAAAACUGGACAGCUCGGACUUGACCGAGAAGCUACGACAGUCAAACCGGGAAUCAAGUCAUAAGCGGAAGUUAACGGUAUCGAAGCUGACUAAGUGGACACAAUGCGCUAAGAAAACAAACACAGCACCGAUGCGUACUCGCCCAAUUCGAGGUGAAAAUCUCGCUGAAAUUGACUCGAAUUUCCUCGACAACCAAGUUUUGCCCGAUAAACCAUCAAAUUUAUCGACUGCUGUAUUACGUAGACGUAGCAAAAGUGCUGGUAAACCCGUGAGAAACACUUCUAAGCCAAUUAUCAAUGUGACAGAAGAUCGACUAUCGAGACAAAGUCAGCAGGCAUCAACGAUUGCUGUAACACGAAAAGUCGAGAUCGAUCGGUUAGAAAAGCUUAGCGUGCAGGCAGCAGAAAUGGAGGCUCAGUCAGAUGGCCCGAUGGACUCUAUUCAGAGUAAAUCAAAUGCUCAGCUGAUUGACUUUCACCUGUCAAAGUUCGACUUGAAGCCUGCAAGGCAAACGGUUCUUACAUCAGCAGAAGAACAAGCGACUCCAAAUUAUCUGAAAGACGAACUGUGCGAUUUAUCGUAUUUAGAAAAGUUCAGGUCAUUCACGUUGUAA